CGCCACCCCCACACCUGCCCUUAAUUUGACAGCAUAACAGUGAUUGCGUGAAUGUUGUGAAUUUUUGAAGAAUUUAUUUAUUAUAUUGUACUCCAGGUGCGGACAGAGAGUUUCAUCAUGAGUACAUUAAUGAAGGCCGCUGUUUCUCGCAGCCCCGCAUCAUUAGCUACAUACCUCUACAGAAAUCUUCACCUAUCGGGUGGAGGAGCAACACCAGUAAAAGAUGGGUCAUCAAACACAAAUAUGACCAAAGCUUACACAUUAACAGAUCACAAACAUGAUGCACUAGUCAUUGGGGCAGGUGGUGCAGGCCUGAGAGCUGCCUUUGGAUUGGUUCAGGAAGGAUUUAAAACCGCUGUUGUAACAAAACUAUUCCCAACCCGGUCUCACACUGUUGCAGCGCAGGGGGGCAUUAAUGCAGCUUUAGGUAAUAUGGAAGAAGACAACUGGCUAUGGCAUAUGUACGACACAGUCAAAGGUUCAGAUUGGCUUGGAGACCAGGAUGCAAUCCACUACAUGACCCGCGAGGCGCCUCACGCGGUAAUCGAGCUAGACAACUAUGGUAUGCCGUUCUCCCGCACGCCCGAAGGUAAAAUCUACCAGCGCGCAUUCGGUGGACAGUCGCUCAAAUUCGGCAAGGGCGGCCAGGCGCACAGAUGUUGUGCUGUCGCAGACAGAACGGGUCAUUCUCUCCUGCACACUUUGUAUGGCCAAUCUUUACGAUACGAUUGUGAAUAUUUUAUCGAAUACUUCGCGCUCGAUCUGCUCAUGGAAGACGGCGUUUGCAAGGGAUGCAUUGCGCUUAAUCUAGAAGACGGCACGUUACAUAGGUUCCAAGCGAAGAACACAAUUCUUGCAACCGGAGGCACGGGCCGGUCGUAUUUCAGUUGCACAUCUGCACAUACAUGCACAGGCGACGGUACUGCCAUGGCUGCGCGCGCUGGAUUACAGAAUGAGGAUAUGGAGUUUGUACAGUUCCAUCCUACUGGUAUCUACGGUGCAGGCUGUUUGAUUACUGAAGGCUGCCGCGGUGAGGGUGGGUUUCUAGUGAACGCGAAGGGCGAGCGUUUUAUGGAACGAUACGCGCCUGUCGCCAAGGACUUGGCCAGUCGUGACGUUGUCUCCAGAGCUAUGACUGUCGAGAUCAUGGAAGGUCGCGGCUGUGGCCCUGAAAAGGACCAUGUUCAUCUUCAACUGCAUCAUCUACCCUUAGACCAGCUAAAGCAGCGAUUGCCCGGUAUCUCCGAGACUGCGAUGAUCUUCGCCGGCGUUGAUGUUACCAAGGAGCCCAUACCUGUGCUACCCACUGUACAUUACAAUAUGGGUGGCACUCCUACCAAUUUCCGUGGUGAGGUGAUCACCCACAGUAACGGACGCGACCAAAUUGUACCCGGUCUGCUAGCGGCGGGUGAGGCAUCGUGCGCGUCAGUUCAUGGAGCCAACCGGCUUGGAGCCAAUUCUCUACUCGACAUUGUCGUGUUUGGACGCGCCUGUGGAAUCACCAUUUCUGAGACCAGCAAGCCUGGUGAUGCUCAGGCCCCGCUUAAGGAUUCUACGGGCGAGGCGAGUGUAGCGAAUCUCGACAAGAUCCGUUUCGCGAACGGCUCCACCUCCACGGCCGACCUGCGCCUUCGCAUGCAAAAGUGCAUGCAGGCGAACGCCGCCGUCUUCAGACAGAAGAGCACACUCGAGGAAGGCCAACGUCAAAUCCACGAGAUCUACAAACAAAUCAAGGAUAUCAAAGUGUCAGAUCGCUCAAUGAUAUGGAACAGUGAUCUCGUAGAGACACUGGAACUGCAGAACCUACUUAUCAAUUCUGUGCAAAUUGUGGAGGGCGCUGUCGCUAGGGAGGAAUCACGCGGCGCGCAUGCCCGUGAAGACUUCAAGGCCAGACGUGAUGAAUUGGACUAUACCAAACCUUUGGAAGGACAGACGAAGCUGCCAUUCGAGAAGCAUUGGAGGAAGCACACACUAGCGGAAACAGACGCGGAAACGGGGAACACCAAAUUGACGUACAGACCUGUCAUCGACAAUACCUUGGACCAAAACGAAUGCAAAACUGUGCCUCCUGUUAUCAGAACUUAUUAAAUUUGACCUAGGUAAUCUCUCAUCAUGGGUGCUGGCUGAGCUUAUCAGUAUUCUCGCAACAUCUAGUGUUAAUUUUCACCGCCGUUAUUUAUUACAUUAUUUAUUAUUAGUAUAGUAAUUAAGCUUAACCGACGGUCGUGUAAAAUACCCUAUGAAAAGACUACAACUAACAACACAAAUAACCUUGACGUACAAAUGUACCGUGCCACUAUAUUUUUUUCCUGUUUACAAUAAUAUGUUAUGAGCAAAAGAUGUUUUAUUUGUAGUAUACGAGAGAGCAUUUAUUAAUAAUUGUUUGUUAUAUAAAUGAUUUAAAACCUCAGCAGCACCGCGGUACUUAAGUGUUAUAAUUUAAAAUAGAGAACUUGUAAGGGCUUCUUUAUAACAUAUGUAGGCACAUUUUCACUUGCUAAUGAAGUUAGUAACAUAAUUGUCUACCUCACAUGAAUUAUAUAUUAUAAAUAUUUAUUGUUGUAUAAUUUCUAUACAUACAUUUCCGAAUUCGUAAAAUCAA